UUCUUAUAAAAUCGUACGUGUGAUCAUGUACUGUUUAGAAAGUGCCGUUGUUUAUUAAAAAUAAAAUGCGUUGAUGUUGAUGUGUGUAUAUUUUUCUAUAUCAACUGAUGCGCAACCAUGUAUUUGUGAGGACGGAUGUAACCUUUAUAUAGCAGUCGAUGCAAGGUUUCCUACCCUGAAACACAAACACAUGCUAUAAAGUCAAGUCAACUCUUAGCAGACCUAAUUAAAAGCGUUUCAGCUGUAAACAUUUCGUCUAUUUUAGGUAUUGCGUUGUCAGAUCUAUAUCGUCUGGUGCAUCGUUCCGUUUUCUAAAGACAUUGGGGGUGAUUUUCGAGGGAGAUUUUAACUAAUUUAGCUGUUAACUAUAGCAAGUCACGCGAUAACACUUGUAAAACAAUAGAAUCCGAACAUAAGAUUCAUGUUCUGCGUCGGCACGAAGUAAAACAAAUAAUUCAAAUAGUGGGAUAUAAUGUGAGAAAGAAGAGAAGCCUAACGUUUUCAACAGGCACCUGUACUGAAAUAUUCUUCACUUCUUCCUCAAGAUGCCCAUAAACUGUAGAAGCAUUGCUUUCUAAGAAUGGAUUCCCAUAUGCUGACAUCAAGGCUGGUUCCAUUUAUACAAUAUCCAUAAUGUUACUUACUUUGGUAAAGUUGUUCUCUCUCAUAGAUGAGAAUUCUGUGAAAGCCAACAUUAAAUCUAUGACCACACUGAAUUAAAAGUACAUUAAAAUGGUAUCAUAGGACCGUCACUGAUUCACAAAUCAACACAACAACUAUUUAACCAUUGCCACUGACAUCAGCUGAAACACAAUAAAUAUCAAAGAUUUUCGAAAACUUAUUUGAUACAAAGAUUCUGGAAGAAAAGAUUUUUGAGGGUAUAUGAGACAGUUAAUUACACAAAAGUAGUAACUGACAUAAAGACCAAUAGAUCAAACUGAAUAUUGUUAAUACUUGACAGAAUUACUCAGCUGGGUAGCAAAAUAAUUUGGCAAUAUUCAGAUGGAUAAUGGGAUAAAACAGUGAUAAUUAGGCCAUAGGCAAAUUUGUUGACACCAAACUGGGUGGCACGAUAUUUAGGUUCCAACCAAUGAGGUGACUAAACAAAUAGGUACUACUCAACUGAAUGAUUUGACAAAUUCCUGUUGUUUAGUCCCAAAUCAACCAUGACCAUGCAGAUUGAUGAUCACUGACAAUUCAGCCAUAACCAUCCAAGCAUUUUUCUUGAGUAGUGUACUCUGAACUACAUUAUCCUAUGUGGCCUUUGUUAAGAUGGUAGUUUGUGAUUUGAGGAACAUUUGACAGCUAUUUCCAGCAAGUUGACCUACUGUGUAGGGUUUGAUGACAACUAGGUAAUAUUCAGAAACGUGACAUAGCUAGUGAACAACAUUAAAUUGGUUGAUUUAGCAACUGUGCAGUUUCUGAUUGUCUGACACGAGAAUUGGGUGAUGGUGCAUGAGAUAUGGUUUGGUAUUUGAAUUGUUAAUUAUAAACUGAAAAAGAAUUUUAACCUGCCAUUGGAACAGAUAUGAGGCCCCAAGGUCACUAUGAAUAGCUGAAUACACUGUGUACUCAUUGUUUAUCAUAAUACUUUUGAAUCAGCUCUGCUCAAUGUUUACUGUUUAAGCUGUUUAUAGAGAGAAAGGUCAAUGAAUGAACAUGUAAAGUGAGAAGUUUAUUAGUUGAAAUCUAUCAACAAAAUUGUUGGAUAUUAAUUAACUAACUGUGAAAGUGUUGCUGGAAAAUCCCUGCUUUAGAAAAAGGUUGUAGCAGAAAAUCUGAAACAUUUAAUCUGAAAAUGAAGUGGAAAAUAGCAACAAUUUCAAUUUGCUUGUUUAUUUUCUUUAAAGAUUUCAGGCCAUCAGAAUCGUACAUUACGGCCUACUUAAUGGCUCCAGAGUGGAAGAAUCUAACAGCAGAACAAGUAAACAAUGAAGUUUAUCCAGUCUGGGUUUACACCAACUUGGUCUGUUUGCUUGUAAUACUGUUAGUGACUGACUUUCUGAGGUAUAAGAUUAUCAUAGUCAUUGCUGCACUGUGUUAUGUUACAACCUGGUUUCUGCUUCUUUUUGGCGAAGGCGUACCAUUAAUGCAACUAAUGCAAGGAACUUUUGGUUUUGCUACUGCAAGUCAAGUUGCACAUACCUCUUAUUUAUUUUCGAGUGUGGAUCCGAAAUAUUUUCGACAAAUAUCUAGUUACAUCCACAGCUGUUCUCUGGCCAGCAGAUUUUGUGCUGCUUGUCUCGCUCAAGUUUUGGUAUCUUUAGUUAAAACGAAUUAUUUUAUUUUAAAUGUUAUUUCGACGGCAAGUGUUUGUAUAGCACUUGUCAUAUCCCUUGCUCUUCCAAGUGUCUCUACUUCUUUUUAUUUUACUCCAAACCCCAAAUCCCAAAAUCAAAAUGACUAUCUAAAGAAUUCUAAGGGAAAUGUAAAUGAAGAAGAAAUCCAAAAGCUAAGCUGUGACAAUUCUAAAAUAGAUGAAGAUAUUACUUCAGAAGGAACUAACUCUGAAAAACCAAAAAUACCUGAAAAACUUUUAAAAGAACCAGACUCAGUGCUAUUUAAACCAGGAACUGAGAAGGAAUUUGAUCAGCAUUCACCUGGUUCAGUACCAGAGGUUGUAUCGAAGAAUGAGGCAGUAGAAAUUGUAAUCAACGACAUGCAACCCAAAAAAUUAGCUGAUACAAAUACAAUUAAAGAUAGAUUUAAGGCAGGUUUGAGACAGAUGUGGAAUGAUUUUCAGAAAGCUUACAAAAAUCAAAGAAAUCUUACGUGGUCAUUUUGGUGGGUGGUUGUCGUAUGUGGCAAGACGCAUAUUGGAAAUUAUAUCCAGAGUUUAUAUGAAGACAUUGAACCAAAUCCUAUGAGUAAUACAAGUUACAAUGCUGCUAUUGAUGCAGCUGCUCUAGCAACAUGUGCUGCUUCUUCUUUUGGUGUUGGAUUUGUGAAAAUUGAUUGGAACAGUUAUGAAAAUGUGCUUCUUUUUAGUGUUAAUGUCAUAAUAUCAGCUCUGAUGAUUGUGAUGGCUCAUGCUACCAAAAUAUGGCUAGCUUAUAUGUGUUAUAUAAUCAUACGUAUUAGCUACCAUACAGUACUCACCAUAGCAACUUACCAAAUUGCUACAUUCCUAGACACACAGUCAUACGCCUUGGUGUUUGGUUUUAAUACGUUUCUUGCCUUGGUCCUGGAGACUAUAUUAACUAUUAUUGUUGUUGACAAACGUGGACUUAACCUUGAUAUCCGAACACAGUUUAUUGUAUAUGGUGGUUACUUUGGUGUUCUGGCACUACCAUUUCUUGCACGGAUGUUUUACUGCUUCUUCUAUAAAAGACGUAGCAUGGGUUUCAAAAAUGAAAAUACCUAAAAACAAAAACAAAAAAAACCCUUUCCAAUGAUAUAAUACAAACAUAUGCAUACAUCAUACAUACAACCACACUCACACACUCACUCUCUCACACACUCACACACACACUCACACACUCACUCUCUCACACACUCACACACUCACACACACACUCACACACACGUUCACACUCACUCACACAUACUCACACACACACACA